GGAACGAAUGUCUAUCUACUCCUCUGGGGAGACAGGAAAAGAGCGUAAGAACGCGUGAAGGCGUAAUUACUUCCUCUUCCUCUUUGUUCUCCAACGAAUAUUUAAAUAAAAAAAAAAAUGAAGGGGAAGGAAGAAAUGCUCCUACAAAGCCCGUGUCUCUUGUUCUUUAUUUUUCGUCUUCUUUCCCUUCAUUGGCACCUUUUCUGGGAUCCAUGGCCGCACCCAACGUCAUGCAUGCUGUGCAAUACCACGGUUAUGGUGGUGGCGCUUCUGCACUCAAGUCUCUAUCUGAGGAUUUCUUAGAAGAAGAUUGAGAAAGGUAACUUGGUGAAUACGGCAUCAGUAACUUCCAUAAUCUCUAGGUUGGAGCAUGUUGAGGUUCCAAUACCUACACCAAAGAAAGAUGAAAUUUUGUUAAAGUUGGAAGCAUCAAGUUUGAACCCAGCUGAUUGGAAAAUUCAGAAAGGAAUGAUUCGUCCAUUUCUGCCUUCCAGAUUCCCAUUUGUCCCAGUUACCGAUGUAGCUGGAGAGGUGGUUGAGAUUGGCCCUGGAGUUCAGGGUUUCAAAGUUGGCGACAAAGUAGUUAGCAAGCUCAAAUUGUUGAGAGGAGGCGGACUUGCUGAAUAUGCAGUGGCUACAACAGAAUUAACUGUGAAGAGGCCCCCAGAGGUGACAUCAGCCGAAGCUGCGGGCAUACCAAUUGCUGGUCUUACAGCUCUAAGAGCACUUACCAAAGCUGGAAUCAAGCUGGAUGGAAGUGGCCCGUCUGCUGACAUUCUGAUAACUGCGGCUUCUGGUGGUGUUGGCCAUUAUGCAGUGCAGUUAGCAAAGCUUGGGAACGCACACGUCACUGCUACAUGUGGGGCACGGAAUAUCAACCUAGUCAAAAGCUUGGGGGCAGAUGAGGUGCUUGAUUACAAGACACCAGAAGGAGAAUCUCUGAAGAGCCCGUCUGGCCGGAAGUACGAUUAUAUUAUCCAUUGCGCAACCGGCAUAAGAUGGUCCACGUUUGAGGCAUGCCUCAGUGAAAGAGGUAAGGUGAUUGAUAUUACGAGCCCUACAGCUAUGCUAACCUCUGUUAUAAAGAAGAUGACCUUUUCAAAGAAGUCUCUGGUGCCUCUGGUGCUGAACCCUAAGGGUGGGGACCUAGAAUUCAUGGUGGAACUGUUCAAAGAAGGAAAGCUUAGGACUGUAAUUGACUCGAUAUUCCCUCUGGCGAAGGCCGAAGAAGCUUGGGCUAAAAGCAUGGAUGGGCAUGCUACUGGGAAGAUCAUUGUGACCCUCGAGUAGCAGCAUUACCUUCGAUAUUGGAGUCUGAGCUUAUGGUUGGCUUCAUAUAUGUAAAUUUUACACUUUACUGUUCUUUAUAGUUGUUUAAAUGAUGGUGCUUGUAAGUUGAGUGCAUGCAAACUUGAAUUUGGGCUUCUGCUUUUAGUAAUAAGAAGAGAGUGGUUUUCUUUA